AUGGGAAACGUACAACAACAAGUGGGUAAGCGCAUGGUCAUUGGACGUUUUGAAGUAGAAGCCGUGCAGUAUCUUGGUGAAGGAGGAUCUUCGUUUAUUUUUUUAGUUAAAGACGUACGAGCACCGCCAACAGCAAAGCCGCUUGUGCUCAAGCGUCUCGUAGCACAUAAUGAACAAACAGCAGAAUGGAUUGCAAGUGAAGUGCGUUUGCAUCAGCGUUUGAAUCAUCCACAAGUGGUACAAUUUGUGGCAUCUCAAACUAACAAGCCUCGUGGUGACAAGAGCGAAGUUUUUAUUCUCAUGGAGUAUUGUCCUGGAGGGCACUUGCAAGAAAAUAUGCUCAAAAUGGGCACCAAACGCUUUGCUCAACAUGAGUUACUGCGUACCUUUAAAAGCCUUUGCGAACCUGUUGCAGUGCUACACGCUCAGAAGCCUCCUAUAGCACAUCGAGAUCUUAAAUUAGAGAAUUUUUUACUGGAUAAAGAAGGUGUAUACAAGUUAUGCGACUUUGGAUCAUGUGUUGUGGGCCCCCAAUCGCUGGCUACCAAGGCAGACCGUAUGCGUGAAUUGGAUAAUGUGUCCAAGCGCACUACUGCCAUGUAUCGCUCGCCCGAGCUGGCCGAUGUAGAAGGUACUGCCAUGUUUGGCUCGGGAGAACUUACAGAGGCAGUUGAUGUCUGGGCCAUGGGCUGUAUACUUUAUAGCAUGGCAUUUUUCAAGUCACCAUUUCCUUUAGAAGGACUGCGUACAGAUCGCUAUACCAUACCAUCGAAUUCUCCGUACUCACCAGAUGUACACGCAAUCAUUGCACGCAUGCUGACUGCUGAUGUUGAGAAACGCGCUACGAUUGAGCACAUUAUGGAUUGUAUUGAUGAAGUCAUUUGUGGCCGACCACUUCCAUUGCUGGCAGGUCCAUCUCCGAAGAAAAGUGAAAAGAGCAAGAGUGACGUAGCAACGCCAGGAUUGAUACCAUCAAAUAAAAAGACGGAAUCGAGAAAGGAAAGUAUAGCAAGCAAUGUCUCCGAUGGAGUUGAUUUGCUUAAUAUGGACUUCAAUCCGACUAUCUCGAGCAAUAAAGCCACCGAUUCAAAAUUGACAACCACCAAUACGCUUGAUACGACGUGGGCUACUGCUGAUAACUUUGCUAACUUUGCGAGUUUUCCAUCACCAACUGGAUCCAGUCAGACCAGCAACUCAGUUUUUGCUUCUGGAUCAGCGACAUGUGAUCCGUUCGCUAUGCCAUCGACUACGAAUGGGCAAGCCGCCACUUCAACUUCUUCGACUAGUGUCUUUGACUUUGAUGCAUCUCCAGCCUCAGUAUCUGCGCCAGUCUCAAGCAUGAAAUCUCAUGCACCGGAAAUAGAUCCAUUUGCAGAAAUUGACGCUCCACCUCCAGCUUUACUCUACGGUGGGAUGCCAGGACAGCGCAUGGGACAGCAACAAAUGGGUCAAUUUGUGGGUCAGCCUCAAAUGGGCUUUCAGCAGCCGCAACAAAUGCCAUCGCAUAUGUGGGGUGGGCCAGCCAAAGCAAACCAGGGAUACCAUUCGUCGAAUCCAUUUUGA